AUGAGCAAAAGCAUUACAUGCGAGGUUCGGAGAAAGACUACUGAACUCUCCGAAACUCUGAUGAAUGCAAUUUCAUCCGAACCAAAACCUGAACAAUUUAAGAGCAAAGCAUAUAAAGAGGUCAAUCUGGUCCCGGUAGACUUACUGUCUACGACACACAUGCCGGUGUUGAAUGCGCCUUCGAAUUCACGAGAAUCAGACAUUCAAAGAUCUUCGGCCUUCUUGGCUCUCAGAUGGAAACAACAGAAACGUAAAAGAUAUCAGUUCGAGGAAGAACAGGGCAGUGAUUCGGAUGAGGUGAUGCACGGUCCGAUUUCUCUUCUAUCCAGUGAUGUGACAACAAGAAAACCAUCGAGUUUCCAUCUUUCCACUCAGUCCUCCGAAGCUGCCGAUACUGCCGAAGAUUACGCUAGUUCAGAUAGAAAAUAUAACGAACCGCAAUCCUUGGACACCUCAAUCCAUCCGUUGCCACUAAUAACAGCUUUUGAAAAAGACGGAGGAAGAAAGAAAACGACUACACAAUCAAGCAACCACAAUUUGGAUUCUGAUGGUCAACCGGUUCCCGGACGAGGCAACGAUUCUAGGCGCAAUUCAACCAUCCCUUCUGGUUCAUUUCUACCUCCUAUCAGAAGUAUCUCCAACCAGCACCAAUUAAACAACACUCCAACAACAGUGCUUGAGGACUUCUUCGGCACGCCUUACCAUGCUCCUGCUCGGGGUUUGUUGGGCUUAAGUCCACUGAAAAAAGUGUUUAACAACCGAGACAAGAGAUACGCCCUUCAGGAUUUGGACCAGAUGAAUGAUAUUGAUGUCAGUCCACAAAGAGGAAACCGAUUUUCACAAGAAGAAACGAACUCCCCGGCAGCCGAAACAGCACGUACAGAAAAGAAAACAUGGAGACGAUUAAAAGAUAAACUUUCCGAAUCCGGGGCCAAGACAGGAACUUCGGGAUGGUCCGACUUAUGCAUGACAAUGUGGAGUUACAAAACACCACCUGUUCGAGAACCUCAACUACCAUAUAUGUUGGAACUGUUACUGUCCGGGGAUGCAAAAGUAAUUUCCGAACGGAUUUUUGGUCAUCUUCGACCUGAACUGCACCUGGGUGAACAGCUGCGGGAUGUUGUCCGUGAAAUCUAUCACUUCUGCCCGAAAUCGAACACAGUGAAAGGAUUGAACAACUUUUUUGGUCUACGUCCGGGGAACAAGCUGCUUCUCAACACGAUAAAACCGGGACAAAUGGACAAAGAGUACGAAAAGUGUGUGUUCAACGCACUGAACGAAGGCCUGAAACACAGCAUCAUAUGCGAAGCUUCCUCACUGAAGACAGUGUACGAAAUCAGUAAACGGUUGGCGUUUGUGGUCAGUAUUGUGUUUAACGAAUUGAUUGGCUUGACUGCAGAGAAACUGAAUCCUGGUCUACCAAGGCCAAAUGAAGCCUUUGGAACCCCAGCCGGGUCAAGCGAAACUGUGCUGGCCGACGCGUUGACCUUCGAUCAACCGUUAGAAACUUUCCCCCAAAUCUAUGNAAUCUAUGCACACGAAGUACAAUGUACAGGUAUCAACUUUGAACAGGCGAUGCUGAACUUAGUUAAAGGAGCCAUAUACGGAACUGAUUUAUCUUCUCGUGGAGUCCUGACGGAACUUUUGGCGUCUGCUGGAGGUGGUAUUGAUGCACUUCGUCAGCUGCUUGUAGGAGAUGGAACCACUGCACCACUGGAUGCUUUGAAAGCGCUGUUGAUGAGAGAUGGGAACCCAUUAGAUGCCUUGGGUGAUUUAUUGCAAGGAAUUUCCGAUGAUCCACUCGAAGCUUUGUUAUCCCUUACUGAAACAUUGGGUGGCAAGGCUGCAGGAAUCGCGAACCUUCUAUCUACCUUGGAAGGUGAUCAAGCAGAAAAAUUGGCGGGACUAAUUCAGCGCGUUGGUGGUGGUUCUGAAGGCUUGCAAAAUUUGAUCAAAGUAGCUGGUGGCGGAGCAGAAGGAAUAGAAAAUAUAUUGGAGGCAAUUUUGGGCGGCAAACCGGGAAGUAACGAUGAGGUUGUAGCUGGUCUUGCCAGCAUUAUUGCGGCUGCCGGAGGAGGAGCGGAAGGUUUAUCCGGACUAAUAGAAGCUGCCGGGAAGGGUGCGGAAGGGUUAAAAAAUAUUCUCAGUGCCAGUGGUGGUGGAGAACAAGGUUUAAAAAAUCUUUUGAAUGCACUAGGAGAUGAUACCGAAGCAGCACUAUCCACACUAUUGGCCUCAGUGGGUGGUGGUAGUGAAGGUGUGACAAACUUGCUCAAUGCCGUUGGAGGAGGAAUUGAGGGGAUUAAAUCUGUGUUGAAUUCGAUAGGAGGGGAAGCGGAAGGACUGAAGAAACUAAUUGCUGCAGCCGGAAUUAAUCCGGCAGACGUUUUGCGUAGCCUGAUCAAGGCGGCAGGUGAUGAGAGUAAUGGUUUGGAAAACUUGAUAAGUAUUAUGGGGGAUGCGGGAUUUCAAGGCUUGCUCCAGGCUGCGGGUAGUGAUCCGGCGGAUGCAUUACGCAAUAUCCUGGAAGCAGCGGGUGGUGGAGUGGAGGCCACAAAACAACUGCUUGGAGCGUUAGGUGGAGGUGCGAACGGGUUGCAGACUUUGUUGAGCGCGAUGGGUCCGGACCCGGAAACAGCCCUGAAGAACCUGUUGACCGCAACCGGUGGAGGUGCAGAAGGUUUAAUGAAUCUAUUAAAGGCCAACGGCGGUGGAGCUGAGGCACUGAUGAACCUACUCAAAGCCGUCGGUGGUACAGAGAAAGACGCUUUGAAUAUCAUACUGAAUGCUGUCGGUGGAGGAGUUGAAGGUCUAAAAAAUCUGUUGAAAGCUUCUGGUGAUGAAGCAGAGGCACUGGCAUUCAUUCUUGAAGCGGCUGGUGGAGGUGCUCGCGGUCUGAUGAACCUACUGAGUAGUCUCGAUGAUGACCCGGUGAAAGCACUAAGCGCUUUGCUUUCUGAUUCAGGUCCAGGUUUAACAAAUCUGCUUCGUGCAACCGGAGGUGGUGCUCAAGGCCUUCAAACUCUACUCAAUACGAUUGGUGGGGGUACACAAGGAUUGGCCAAUUUAUUAACGGCUUUGGGUGGUACGGAUGAUAACCGGUUGGAUGCGCUAAAAUCUCUGAUUUCACAAACUGGUGGAGGAGUUGAAGGGCUAACCAACUUGAUUCAAGCACUCGGUGGGGGUGCGGNGGGUUUGAGUACCUUGCUGGCCACACUCGGGGGAGGUGAGAACAGCAUCAAGCAAUUGCUCGAGACCAUGGGUGGAGGUAGCGAAGGUCUGAGUCAGCUACUGUUCGCAUUUGGUAAUCAUCCCGAAGAAGGCGUUCGUGCACUUUUAAGGGCAGCUGGCGGUGGAGUCGCCGGUUUGAAUGCUUUGCUAAACCUGAUAAGUGACGAUCCUAACGGUUUGAGUAAGUUGAUGAGUUCUUUGGGUGGUGGAGCGGAAGGACUUAAAACUUUGCUUGCCGCGUGUGGAGAAAAUCCUGCAGAAACUUUGAAAGCAUUGAUAGCAUCUAUGGGUGGUGGCCCUGAAGGUUUGAAACAAUUGCUUCUUUCUAUGGGCAUGGACCCUAACGAUCCAGAAUCGCUAAGGGCAUUGCUAUCAGUCUUCGGUGGGGCGGAAGAAGGCUUGACAUCGUUAGUGGCUGCGUUGGGAGGCGCCCUGAUGAAGGCAGCGGCAGAUGAGUCUGGUAACGGCUUGGCUAAUCUACUUGCGGGCCUCGGUGAUGGAGAACAAGCUUUGUCCGCUUUAAUUGCCGCUGCAGGUGGUGGAGAAAAAGGGCUACAGGCAUUGUUAAAGGCUGCAAAUAAUAUUGCAGAGAAUGGAGAUGGUCUCACUGCCUUGAUCGCCGCCGCUGGAGGAGGAGUCGAUGGAUUGACAGCUUUGAUUGGAGCCGCAGGUGGUGGUGAGCAGGGAUUGGCUACUUUACUAGCUGCCGCGGCAGCUGCUUCUAUGGGAGCAAAUGAUCCGGACAUUCAAGCAGAUAUUUUAAAGCGCCUAAUUGAAGCUGGCGGUGGUGGAACGGAGGGUUUACAGAACCUAUUGAAAGCUGCUGCAGGACCUGGCGGCGAUUCAAUUGUAGGACUUCAGAGUUUGCUAGCAGUUUUGGGUGACAGUACAAAUGCCAUUGAAAUACUGCUGAAGGCGGCUGGUGGUGGGGCUGAUGGACUAGCGACUAUCCUUGCCGCAACUGGAGGUGGUUCCGAAGCGCUUCAAUUGCUCAUUGAAAUCGCCGGUGGCAGUACAGAAGGACUUAAGAAAUUGAUGGAAGUAGCAAAUCUCAAGGACGGUGAACAACUGGCGAACGUACUUGCAACCGCUGGAUUGGAUCAUUCCUUGAUCGAGGCUGCGAGGACGGGAGAUUUCCUAAGCUUAACAGAACGAAUCAAAUUUCUGGCCAACGAGGAAAGAAAACAACGUGCUAUGCUAAGUAAACCGAAAGAUUUGUGGCCGGAAGAGAAAGAAUGGUUACGGACACGAGCUCUUGGUCCUCCUGGUAAGUUACAGAAAGCAAUCCCUGCUAGCCACUACUGUAACACAAGUCUGUGCAUCUUGCAUUCUAUAGUUCGUUGA